CGCGGUAAAAUGUGGUGCCGCAUUGGACAAAUGUUCUGGACACAUGCUAUCAGAAUGUGCGACCUAUUCUAUAUUUCUAAAACUGAGGCACUCUGAAAUGAUAGUGGAUAACAUUUACAUUGUGCCUGAAGGGUAGAUACGAGGUAAUGAUAUCGUUUGGGAAUAAUACGUGUACGCCCUGAGACACUUGAAGUCUAGCGCGAUUACGUAGCGCGCGGCGCAGUGAUGCUCUUGUCCGGGAUGCGGACGGGAUGGUAGUCCUCGUGACUGCGGGAGGAAAAGAGGGAGACUCGAUUCAGGAUAAAACUCCCUUAAAGAAACGCCAGGAGUGUGCAUUUCACAAUCAUUUAAAGGCUUGCAUCAUUUGAAAAUGAUAACAGCUUGACCGUUCUUCUCGAGCUGUUUCGACGCGGGUGCUUUCUUUCUAGCUUAUUUAUUUAUUUUCUCGUCUGAUACCUUUAGCGUUUUGCUUCAUGAGACGUCUCGUUCGCGUACAGGUGGGGGCUGUGAGGCUCUCUAGUGGGAGAAACACUUUGGUGUGUGCUGGGCUAGAGUUGUUUCUUUAGUCCCGCUCCGCGCAUCUUCCUCCGGUGUAGCCAGAAGCCCGAACCUGCUCUCCUGGCCUGUGGAUGCGGCAGCCGCUCGGCCUGCUAAAGGCCCUGGGUACCGCAAUGCCGCGGGGAUGGGGGGAGAGAGAGAGGGCUGGUGGGUGACGGACGGAUUUAAAUCAAGGGAUAAAGGAGUACGCCGAGGAAUAAAUGUUGACACAACAUAAAUGUGACCAUACCGACGUCCAGUUGUGGUUAGAAUGUUAAGUAGACCCCUAAUGGUGGAAUCUCGUGAUAGAUAUUUUGCGCAGGGUUUGGGUUGUGUGAUUUGUUUAAGUCAAGUAGGCUAUAUUUAGUUUUACGCACGAUUUAUUCACUUUUCUGAUGUUCCUAGAGUAACAUUCUAUAUGUUUUGAACUGAGUUACAUGUUCAGAUAAUUUAGGAAGUGUUUAACAAGCCACAAUGCCCUCACCUUCGGACUCCAGUAGCAUGGCCUCAAUUUCAGGGUCUCGAGGUCUGUCUGGGAGUCGCAGAGGAAUGUCUGGGAGUACAAGUGCACGCGUUCUGCUUUACCUGGGCUUGUGUCACCUUGCGUUAGGGGCUAUGGUGCUGGCCUUCAGCUUCACAAGCCUGGCCUUCACCUCUUCACCCCGAGUCAGACAGUCCUGUCCAUUCUGGGCUGGCUUUUUCGUUGUGGCCUCAGGAGUGGUGGGUGUGAUAUCAUGGAGAAGGCCAUUCACUCUUGUAGUGUCGCUGUUUAUGCUGCUGUCUGCAGUUUGUGUGAUUCUCAGUCUGGCUGGUUCCAUGCUCUCAUGUCAGAAUGCACAGAUGGUCAGAUCAUAUCUUACCUGUCAGAUGGAGAAUGGCCUGUGUCUUUGCUGUGACCCCAAGCAGACAUGCUCUCCAUCAGAAGAGGAGACGCUAGUGCUCUACCAACAUGCAGAUUGCCACUCGGUGCGUCACCAGCUCAAGGAUCUGCUGUUUAGUGCCUGUGGUCUCAGUAUUCUCUCCACCAUUAUCUGCACUCUGUCAACUGUCACCUGUAGCAUCCAUAUCUUCUCUCUGGACCUGCUGCAGUUGCUGGCUCCCCAUCGCUCUCGCUCUGUUAACCCAGAAUGCACCACUCCUCAGGAUGCAUUUCUCAGUAACAUGAUGGACUUUGAGGAGUUUGUUCCGCCCAUUCCCCCACCCCCAUACUACCCUCCUGAAUACACCUGCAGCUCAGAGACUGAUGCACAGAGUGUCACAUAUAAUGGAUCAAUGGAGAGUCCUGUACCUCUCUACCCAACUGACUGCCCUCCUCCUUAUGAGGCAGUGAUGGGUCAAAGGGCUCCUAGUGAGGCCACAGUCUUUGACACACAAGCUGGUGAGCUGUCUGGAGAGAGAGGAACAUCCACAGCUUUCAGUGGUGAAGUGUCUAUGGACAGUGGCUCUCUGUUGAUGUCUGAGAUUGUGGAUAUUCCAGAUGACAGCUCCCCGUCCGAGGACUCCUGUCUCAUGGAGUUGGGGAUGCGGGCUCGGCCCAGGGGAGGCAGUGAGGGAGCGGAGAGGGGAGAGUACAUCAGCUGUCGAUGUUCCGCACAACAUACUGAAGGAACGGUAGCAGCUCCUCCAGGCAUACGUGGUUUCAGAGGGGAGAGAUCGAACUCCUGCUCCUCUCCGAGCACACACAACACUUCCACAUAUAGGUCACCAGUGCUGAGGCGUCAAGCUCUGUUGGCAAGUAGUUGCUCUCAGUUGGAGUUGUUAGCGGGCUCUCAGCGUUGCUCUAUCCCAGAAAUCCGAGUUCGGCACUGCACGCCAUCCAGACAGGGCUCCUCCUCCUCUGUAACCAACCCACCUACCACAACCCCAUCAGGUGGUGCUCAAGAACAACCAGUCCAUACAGCACCAGAGCUCCUUCCACGGCCUUGCAUCCGUGAGCAAACUGGACGGGAUCGAAAAGACAGUGAUGGCUUCUUACCCCUUGUGAAGUCGCACAGUGAACCAGGGCUUAGCUCUUCAGCUGACACAGGUGAUUUCAGUCUCACAGGAGGCAGUAAAGGAGUCAGUGUGGGGGGGACUCAGACUUCAUCAGAGACAGGACCAUUAUCUGGAGCUAGUUUGCUGCCUCGCUCCUCUUUGGCACUUCCUGCAUCCCUGCCCAGGAAGGGAAGCAUUAAGGCUGUGAGUAGCUGGUUACCCUCAAAACAGGCCCCAGCCACCUCACUGCGUUUACCCAAAGACUGUGCACGCUCACUUGGAGACCUCAAGGUCACCAGAGUGUUAGUGCAACGUUUUCUGCAGAGAUCAAAACGGAACUUAGUCCUUGCAACUGAUCAUGCUGGAAACUGCACUCAGGGGCCUAAAAGGAGGACAGGAGGCGAUGGAAAUCUGCCUUUAGAGCAGGUGCUUCGUAACUCUUGGGGAGCCACCAGGAGGCAGCAGCAGCAUGCCCACCACCACUGCCGUGGACACCACCACUCCCAUAGUGACAGUCACCAUAACGCCCGCCACCAUGAUGAUGACCCUGUAAGGACCGGGGGUAUCCACUUGCGCAGCUGUGGAGACCUCAGUUCCACAUCUGUCGUAUCACUGCGCAGGCUCCACCCACCACCGCACGGAUCAUCAGGGGCCCUUUAUUCAGAAUCGGCCCUCUGAUUUGAGAUGAGGGAUUCUGGAAUUGAUAACUGCAGAUUUGGGUAGCAGAUGGAUAUGCUGUUUAAAUAACAGUCUGAGUACACUAGAUAAAGUUUCAGCUGUUCUUAUCAUAAAAACUCUAACAGAAAGACACACCUGUUUUGAAUUUAACCCUUAGACCCUCUGCUCUCUGUGCUUGACAAACACACUGGUGCUGAUUCUUACCCUUUUCUGCUUCCUUUCGUCUUCACUGCAAAAAAUACAAAAAAUAAUAAAAUACAAAAUAAUAAUAGUAAUUAACAAAAAUAAUGAAUUGGUGUUUUUGUUUUCCAGUAAAAAAUUCUGAACAUCAUUAAAACAAUAUAAAUUUACCUGAGCAAAAUUGUGUAAGAUAUGAAGAUGUGUUUUUAGAGAAUAUAAGUUUAAUUAAUUAUAUUUUUCUCACCCCAUUGUUUCUUGUUGUAUAAAGCAAAAACCAAAUUUGAGAUUUACACUUAAAACAAGAAGAUUUUUUAUUAUUUGCCAGUGGGGUAAGUAAAGUAAGAUGUAUUCUCUAACUUAAACAAUUUAGUUUCCCAAGUAAAUUAAUCUUGUUUUAAGGAUGUUUAGAUAUUUUUACCAGUAAACAAGACAAAAUCACUGGCUAAGAAAAUUAUCAUGUGCUCAUUUGCACGUUCAUGCUUAUUCAUCUAAUGCUUUUUCUUUUUCUAACUCACUGUGUUUAUGUGGAUUGGGAAAGAAUGCAGCACCUAUGACACUGCUUAAUAUUUUUACAGCUCAUUAAAAUGCACUAAUGCAAAUUAAACUUGGAAAUAUGCACGGCCCCACACACACACUCUCAGAUUAUGGAACUAACAAUCUGAUUUUGGUGUAUCUGACCACUGAAUGCUUUUCACUAUAUCCCUCACGAUCUUAAUCUUUCUUAUAUCGUAGCAGCAAAAUAAUCUAAACAUCAUCUGUCAUUUCUAUUAUGGCUGUGUUAAACCUCACAUAAUAGCUGAGAAUGACACAGCAAGAGCAUUUUAAUUUACUUUAUUUGUAGAAAUGCAUGUUAUUUUAUUUUUUAUUAAGCGAAUUCAAUUGGUGCGUCUAUAUUUUGCAUCUGUCUGUCUCCAUAUUUUGGAGGUUCUCAGUCUGUGUAAUACUUUCUUACAGAAUGCCUCUGCAUGUAUUGAGAAGUUUUGUUUUUUCUUUCUAAAGAAACCUAAUGCACACCUAAUGCACACCUAAUGCACCCACACAAACUAAUACUUACACAUGGUAGUGAAUUGUACUGGUAUACACCAGAGGGAAUUUAUGAGUCUACAUACAGAGAAUUCUCUAGCAAUUAACAUUCUUGGACAGUAACUAUAUGCAGGAGUUGUGAACACAUGGUGAAAGAUUUCAAUGAAAAUGGACUCUCGCAGACUGAUAUGAAAAAGGAUUUCCUAAUUUACCUGGACAGUUUGAUUAAACUUUAGGCAUAAAACAUUGGAAAGACAGCCAUGGACUUCUCUCUGAGGGUAGGAUGUAUGUGUUGUCAAUACUUUGUUCUGUUCUGAAAUGGAUCUACAUCUGAAGAAAUAAUUGGCUUUGAAAUGGUCUAGAAGUGCUCUGGAAUGCUUAAGGCUUUGAACUGGAAGGAACGUUGCUAAAUUUGGCAUUGAUUGGAUUGACAUAUAAUGUAUAUGUAAAUAACUUUGGUGCACUGACCCUAAUGCUCAUAUCCACAUUCAGUAACUCUUUGAAGCACUGAAACCAAGUCAGAAAAUGAGCUUGAAAUUCUUGAAAUUCUACCUCUUUGUUGCACACUGACAUGUUAUGGCCCUUUGGAAAUAUUUUAUGUAAUUUAAGGAUUUUAUUGACUAUUUAUGAACAACUUCUACACUGACUGAUGAAAACACUGUUAUUCUGGGAAUAUGAUGCCUAAAAAACAUUAAAAAUAGCUCUUAUGCAUACAUUUAUGUAAAAUAGAAAAAGAACACGUUAAUAAAUAUAUACACAUC